AUGUUUUCCAAAGUGAUCGUAGUCUUCGCUUUCCUGACAGUGGCACUCGCCGGCAAACCGUACCUUGGUUUUCGUCUACCAUACGACUUGACACAAGUGGUCGGGGGCGGAGAGGCUGAGAAAUCAGCUUAUCCUUUCAUAGUGUCCCUACAAUGGGGCCCAAACAAGAACUCUGCGAGCCACUUCUGUGCCGGAUCUAUUUUGAAUGAGAAUUGGGUCGUAACUGCAGCACACUGCGUUCAAGCAAUUCCUGGAGAUGUAGGAACGUUCGAAGUCAAAGCUGGAAAACACAACAUUAGAAAUGUAGAAAGCACAGAACAGAUUGUCCAAGUCUUAAAAUCUUGGGUGCAUGAAAAAUACGCAGGCGGUGUUGGACCUUACGAUAUCGGCCUGCUUAAGCUGAGUGAACCAUUGAAAAUGACGAAGGAAGUGCAAUCGAUCAAACUACCGAAAGAGGGAAGUGUGCCUCAGGGAAACGCGAUUCUUUGCGGAUGGGGCUCCACUUCGCAGAGCAGUAUUCCAGAUAUGCCUGAUGUGCUUCAGUACGUUAAUUUGGAGUACGUUGAUAUUGAAAAGUGCGACGAAGCCGUCAGGCGCCUGACUGGAUCAUCUCCCGUUCAUGAGACCAAUGUUUGCACUGGCCCAUUGACUGGUGGAAUCUCCGCUUGCAGCGGUGACUCCGGCGGCCCUCUGUUCGAGAAGACUUCAACAGAUUUUAUACUUACUGGCAUUGUAUCCUGGGGCAUUAUUCCAUGCGGCUAUUAUGGUGCGCCGUCCGUAUACACUAACCCAGCCAUGUAUAACAGCUGGAUCGAGAAUAUAAUUAAUAAUAACUAA